CUCCUGCCUGCUUUAACAGGUGACUUACUGACCUUCUUUGGGAAAUCUGAUCGACCUUCAACGAGAUGAUUCUUGUGAUCUGAUCUGAGCCUCAAUCCAUUUCAACCACGCCAUCCUUUAUGACCUCUGACCUCUCUUUGACCUUGAGAUCCAAACCAUUCAGUCAUGGUUAAAUGUCUCACCCGCCGGUAGCGGUAGCGGACACUCUCUGGAACCAAGGAAUCAACAUCAAGGGUCAACAAACCCACCCCCGGCCCUCUACCCUCCAUCAUCCACUCUCUCCCUCGCCAUCACCCUCAACCAUCACGGCUCCACCCUUUCUGCUCGCAGUUCCCCAAUAAUGCCGCCCGCAAACUCUCCUACAAUCUCUCGUACCUCUACGCCUCCUAUAAACCCAUACAUCCGUCAACUCGCAGAAGCCAUUUCCACCCCAGUGGCUGACCUCGCUUCCACCCUCAAUCUUCCCGCACUCACAAACUCGUUCGACGAGGUUCCUCUCCACCAUAGACCGGCCGAAGACCAAGAUGAGAGCCAUACUCCCAACACGUUUCUCCCUACAACACACCUAGGUCGAGACGACUUCAUCCAGCAGCCCGCCAUGAAUCCCUCCCAGCAGUCACAACCCUCGUCUCAUCAGAACUACGCUACUGUAGGCGGCCCUCCUUCCAGACAAAGCCUUUAUGACUGGGCCAUGAGCCGGCCUGAACAGAGCCCCGCUGGGCUCCAGACACUGUCCGACGAAAGCGACGACGACGAUCUUGACCGUGAGAUUGAUCGCGCAAGUACCUCUGCAGCAAACACAGAUCCUGAGGGCCGACGAGACUUGCUACGACUUGAGCGGGCGUUACAGAACUAUCGAAAUGCCAGACAAGCCCUAAGAUCCAACCGGUCGACCAGACUUUCCGAUAUGGGCGCCGUCCCUACCGCCAGUGCGCUACGAGCUUACUGGCAGGAAGAGCCUGAUGCCGAUCUCUCCAAUUCCGCAAGACCUUGGCUUGCACCCCUCGGCAUGUCCACUCAAACACGUCGUCGUCUGGCAGAGACGAGAUCUCAACAAUCAGACCCUCGUGAUUGGGCCUCUCCAAAACGGCCCCGAACAUCCGACUCCUUUGCUCGAGUCCGCAACCUCAUCCGCUAUCUUUCUCAACUAAGGCACACCGGACUUGAAGGUGGUCUUGCCUUGGCCGAGGAACUGGGGCUGGACUCGUUGUACGAGUCGGAAGGCUCCCAUGUACCCAGCGACUUGCCCAUGCACAUCAACAGUCUCCCAAUCCCCGAGUAUACCUCGUGGCUGCGGCCGGGCAUGGUCUGGCAUGGUCUCCAGUCCACCGACCGAGAGCCCGUCCGGAACGCUGCCAUGCUCGUCUCCACUGCACGGCGUGAGAGACAACGGGAGAUUUUUCGUCGCACCCUCGGGCGGAGAAGGCGUCUUGGCUGGGAGCCGUCACCCCCUGCACCAGAAGUCUUGACUGCCGGAGAACUCCUCGACGCCGAAAGAUGGCUGUCUAGUUUACGACAAAAUGUCAAUGGACGCUGGGGUUUCACCCAACCACCUCCUGCAGUCGCCUCAUCCUCUCCAGGCCGUACUGGCGGUGAAACUGAAUCUGACCACUGGCCGGUACAUGUCGCCAUCCAUUCUGUCGAUUACGACAGCAUGACCCUGACCGGCACAAUGUCUGCCAGCCACAUUCCCGACAAGUCGCUAUCCACUCACCCCGUCACCGCAGGGCAAGAUCGCGCGGAGAGCAGCAUGUCAUCAUUUUUCACUGGCGAGAUCAUCGAUUUCCGUCUGCAGCCUCUCGAAACCGAGAGCGAAGGACGCGACUACACAGUGGGGGGCGUGGACGUUGACGCACGUUACUGGGCUCGUCUGGGACCCUUCCAACAGGAAAUUCAGAAAGUGAGAAGCCUCCGAGGCAAGAAUAAGAAUGACUAUCAACAAGACAGCCGGCUGUGGGAUGCAUUUCGAAAAGCCGCUGGCGGCGACGGAGACCACAAAGAUUCACCAUCUGAUAUGGGCUGGGGGAACGCGCCUUCUAUGACCACAGACGCGAGUGGACCUGGCGCCGACGACGCCCCCGGUUCCACUCAAUGCCCGGAGGAGCUGGAGAUGGAUCAGGAAGCCGAAGACGACCAAAUCAUGGCACGAAGCCUCGGAAGCGCCAAGUGGAUCAUGGAGAAACUCAGCAAGGAAUGGAUAUUGAUGCGUUGGAAAGAGCGGUGUUUUGUGAGUCCGUGUUCCGGUUUGCCAGAUACGGCCCCAGACGCCACCAGAAGGAUUGUGACAGCAAACAAUUCUUCCGAUGGUACUCGUGGGUCUAUCGACCCGAGUGGGAAUGGCGACGGAAGUACGUCUUGGGGGCUCACGAUUUCGGGAUUUUACUACGUGGCAUUGAACCGUAUGACUGGGGAGAUUGACGGGCUAUACUAUGACCCAGGCUCCCAACCAUAUCAAGCAUUGAAGAUGGUUCCGGAGGGAACCGUGAUGCGCGAUCGUCCCACCGUCACCAAGGUCGGAUCGGGGCGUGGUGAAGAGUCAAGCAUGGAAUUUGGGGCCCGGUGCGGUUGCGGCGAGGAGAGCUGCUCGGAUCGAGUCGGCCUCAAGAGAUGGUUUCCAAGCUUGGAGUUUCGAUAGAGGACUCAUGACGGUGACAUCAUGGUCUACUCAUGUACGAUUAAAAGCCACAGCGGCGUGAUGUACUUGAUUCUACUUGUGAGGGUAUUGACUUUGUCGCAUGUUGAGGCGAUGAUGUGACGAUUCGACACGUGACACUGGCUAUACCACCACGUGAUGUACAUGGCACGUGACCCAUUUGACACGUGAUAUAUUGUCGAAUGUGGACUAGCCUCUCACCC